AUGGAGUUGUACCUCAGUGCCUGCUCCAAGGCCGCCAACGUCGCAGCCACCAAGACGGCCACCAGCAGCCUGACCACGGAAAGCCAGCAGUGCGGAGACGGUGAGCACAAAACUCAAUUUUCGGGGGUUGGAGCGGCUCAGCUACUGGAUCUGCCUCUUGGGGUCAAGCUGCCUGUGAUCCCGGGAAGCAAUAGUUUAUAUUAUACCACGAAAUUAAGUGAGAAGCUUUUUCAACCUUCUUACGGUUUUAACCUGACUGAUCCUUACUGUCGACUUUUGGAAAACCAAUACAAAAGUCUCCAUGAUCCACAUUUAAGAGCCUACCAUAAGCGUAAGGACAUCUUGAGAAGAUUAAAGAAAGGUGGUUACAUCACCAGCAAUAAUAAAGUUGUAUGUUCUUUGAGGGAAUUGAAUAAGUACAGGCAAUAUCUUACCAGUUUAAAAUUAGACUUUGAAAGAAACUAUAUAAGAGAACAAAAAAUGCUUGCAAAACAAGUAAAUAAACUACAGGAAGACAAUCAAAUACCUGGAAGUUCUGAUGUUACACAGUUCCAAAAUUGGUUGUUAGAGGAAGGCGCCCCGUCUAGUAAGGACCAAGAACGAUUAAUAAGGCACAGAUAUCUGGAUAUGAUAAGGAGGGAGUUAGAACAUCUUGAACACACAGCUGAAGAGCAACGCCUUCUCAAAAUGGAUAGAGAAGAAAGACGACUGCGAGAACAUGCAAGAAGAAAACUUAGUCUUCGUAGAAAAAUUGAAGAGGAAUGGAAGACAAAAGAGAUGUUACUUCUGACAAGGAUUGGAGAAGAUGUUAAAAGAGAAGCUAGGAUAGAGGAACAACGGCGUAAAAGCAGGGAAGAGACUGACAAGAAGAAACAAGCUCUUCUAGAGAAAAAAAUGGCUUAUCAUUUACAAAAAAUGCAAGAAAGUGGCAUUAAAAAAGAAGAUAUGAGGAAAAAUACAAAUGAUUACGGAGAACAAGAUGAACAACAUUAUGCAUCUUUUUCUCCAAAGAAGAAAAAGAAGAAUAAUGAUUACAUAAAGGUAGUUUAUGCUGUUGCUGACCAGAAACCAAACAGAGGAGCAUAUGGACCCUGUGUAAACACUCUUCAUAGAUCUCUAAGUAGUUCAAAGAAUGUUGCCAAAAAAACUGUACCUUCUGUUGUUUGUCAGCCAGACGCACAAGAUGAUGCUAAACAAAAGAAAGAUGGAGAGACAAGUAGAAAACCAAGUGUUUUUGAUGAUAGAGGGGAGCCAUAUGUCACAACUCAAGAUUCAAUGAUUUCACCUCAGAAUUCAGCUACGAGAAAUUUUCCCAGAUCUUCACUGUCUUAUUUGAAUCAUUCAAAAGUUGAGAAGGAGAUUAAUGUUGACUGGAAUGGAAGAUCAAAGAGAACAAACCUAUUUUGCAAAUCAGGACUUCAGGCUCCUGCCACAGCCCACGGUAUCUUCCCUUCUUGUGUUUUCUCAAAUUCAAAACAACAUCUCCUACAAAACUACUUGCAAGAAAAAGUAACUUCUGAAGAACUGAAUAGCAUAAUUCAGAAUAUAAUGACCUGGGUUGUGGCUACAGUUACCAGCAUAUUAUACCCAGCCAUCACAAAGUAUGAAGAAAGGUUGAAAAAUAAUACAUAUCCAGUGUCUGAUGACUCUUUCCUCUCCUCAGAUAGUUCAAGUUUUUGUAGCACAUGCAGUGAAGAGUUUACAUAUGGAAGCUACACUUCUGCAACAACUAAAUCAUUUAAGAGACAGCCCUGUGCAUUUGCAGUUGACAUAUCAGUAAGGAGACCAACCACACCAUUAAAGCCAUCUGCCCAUGUGGAAAAAGCAGUUGUGGGAGAAACAUGUCACAUUACAGGACAAUCUGUAACAAAUGGACUAAAAUAUAAUGAAACAAGCAUGGUAUAUACAUACCCUGACCUCAGAAGUUGUAAAUCUGAUAGUCAUCUUCUAGCAUCACUUGAAACAGGCCCAAAAAAAUCAAAGGAUGCCACCACUGAAACAGAUGGUUUAGAGAAUCCAUUGUUUUCUGAUCAAAAAGCAAAAGCCAUGAAUGAAAUGAAGAGUUUAAAGAAUGUUUUUGUUAACUUUAAGUGUCACUUAAAAGGGGAAACUGAAUUGAUUUUGGAAAGCAUUUUUCAAGAAAUAAUGUCUGAUUUAACACAUGCCAUUCCCUCUAUUUCUUCUGUUACUGCUGAAGUUUUUGUUGACCAAAGUGAGCCUAUAAGAGGAGACUUGGUUUCCAAUGCUGAUAUCUGCUCAGUAGCUUCAGAAAUUGUGGAAAAUAUGCUUGAGAAGCUACAGUCUGCAGUUGAGAAAAAAUGUGUCCAGAUAUAUUCACAAGAUUUGUCAGUCAACAUUCAACCAAGCCUAACACCCAGUGGAGAAUCUCUCACUCUAUCAUAUGAAAAACCUUUAAUAGCUUCAGUGCCUUCUACUGCGGAACCCAUGUGUGAUGUUGCAGAGGAUAUGGUGCAUGCCAUUUUAGAAAAGCUGAUGACUCUUACAGCUCGUAAGCAAAAUGAGCUUCCUCAUCUUGAAGAGGCAACUAAACUUUCCUAUCAGCAACAUGUGGCAGACCCAACAUGUAUGCACCAUAUAAAAGCCGACAAAAAGAAAUGUAAUCCUGAACUUGAUGCAGCUAAUUUAAUUGUUAAAGAAAAGAUACAAAAUUUAAUGUCAAAUAUUCUUUCCCAGUCCUCUUUGGUUGGCUAUAUAGAGGAAGUAAUCAGCACUAUACUAGGAUUUGUACAAACUGAACUUAAUAAUGAGAGACUUAUUGCUUCUGAAGAAACAGUAGUACUCCUCAAGUUGCUUGAUGAUAUCUUUACUCAGCUACAUCAGGAACCAGUAAAAGCAAGUAAUCAAAAAUGUAGACAUUCUAGACUGAGAAGUCCUUCUGACACUGAAGUAAAGUACAGACUCACUGGCACUAGAUUAUCUAAUGGCCCUAGGUCUGGAAGACCAUUUCCACCUGUUAAUGUUCCUGGCAUGGUCCUUUAUUCUGAAGAUGAUAAUGAAGAAAUAGACAGAAUUGUGGAAAAUGUGCUUGAUUCAUCUUUCAGAGAUGAAAAAGCAAAAUCACAAGAACAAAUUCCUGAGCAUUGGUUUACAAAAGGAAAUGCUUGUCUGGAAUACCAAAGAAAUAGCAAACUACCUACAAAGCCUACUUCUCCAAGAAGCAAAGUUGUGUUUCAUAGUCGCAGAUUAAGGACUGAGUUACCAUUUUUUAAGGAUAAAAAAAUUUUGAAGGAAAAACCCUGUUUGAAUAAAGACAUUCUGUUUUUCAGCCAAGAUCAAAAGCAUCAAAUACAAAAGGCUUCAGAAAACACAGUUAAAAGUAUUGUAACAGAAAUGCUCAAGGACAUAUCUUCUGUUCCUCCUGGUCACUUAGAAAGUAGAACUGACAAAGCUUCAGUUCUUGUUUCAGAAAAAUCUCAAGAACCAUCACAUCAAGAAUGGAUAGACCAGCUGUUUUCUGUGUCAGAAAUUAGUACAGUAGCUCAGGAAAUAACAGACGCUAUAUUAAACAUACUUCAUAAGGCAAGCUGCAUUCCCAGUACCACCAAAAGUUCAAUUUCAUCAUCAGUUCAUCCAGCUUCUCUAGAGAGUCCUGACACUCUCCACAUGGUCAAAGCAGCACCAAAUAAAAAGCCACUAAAAAUAUGGUUCGAUAGUGAAAAGAAAAUGAAAUAUUUAUCUCCACUCGAUGGAGAUCUGGCAAAACCUUCCCUGUUAAAAUCUGAAGAGAGUGAACCAAAACCUGCAGAUGAAAUUACUGAUAAGAUCAUUAAUGCAGUUUUUAAAAAGCUGAAGUUAUUUAUUUGUCCAAAAUUGCAAAUGGGCUUCAAACCUUCACUUGCAGAGAAAUCUUCAUUGCAAUCUCAACUUAGUAGUUACACAGCUAAAGUGGUAAACAUCAUUUUGCGUGCUAUCCAGAGUGAACUAGAACUCAGUGAGAAAAACCUAAAUCUUAGGGAAAGAAACCAUACCAAAUCCCUCACAGGUAAAGGAUGUUUUACUGACACUAAGAAAUUAGAAUCUCAUGUCUCAGAUCUCAAUGGUGACAUCAUGGAAUCACCAUUAUUAACUUUUAUUUGUGAAAUAUUAUCAAGUGGACAUUCAGAUCAAAGCAGUAUUUCACUCUCUUCAGAUAACUCAAAGCCAACAGCUUCACAUGGAUCUGAUAAUGUUGAUAAAGGGAACAUUUUGACAAGCAGACAGGAUAAAAAAUCUUUUUACAAAGUUUUAGCUACUCCAUGUGCUCUCCAUAGUGUCAUUAAUGGAAAAGAUCUCAAAGAGAAUUCCAGAUUACAAGUGUUAGAUAAUAUUGGGGAAACACUCUAUGAAAUGUUAUGCAAGCUCAUAGGGGCUCACCCUCACUGUCAGCCAUCUUGUUCUAAGCUAAGCAGAGAGAAGACCAAUAAGAAUCAGCAAAGAGCCACUGAAUUGCAGUCUAAUAUUCAGCUCAUUUCCACAACAAUUUUGGAAUAUAUCAUUGCAAAAUUAUGUAGUGUCGACACAGAUACUAGUUCUGUCAGUUGUGGAUGUAAAGCUAUCUCAGAGCCUCUCGAUAUUGACAACCUAUCAUUUACUUCAAUUAUUGAGGAAAUGGCCAAAUGCACUGAAAUAAUCUCCAGCAUAGUUUCCAGGAUGGUUCAAGAGGGUAAUAAAGAGAUGACUAAAAGCAUGGAAAAACCUAUUGCUCCCAAGUCUUCCAAAACAGGGAGUGCAAAAGAAAUGCAUUCAAAUAAGCUAAAAGCAGUAGCUUCAGAUAUUCUUAAUAUGGUUUUUGCUAAACUGGAAGGGUUUGCCAAUGGAAAUUUAGAAACUCUGGGUUCUACUAACAAUGAAAAUAAAAAAACCAGUAAGAUGAACAUGGAAUGUGAAAGCCUCAGAGUUUUCACAGACACACAUGAAGAACUAUUGCAGUCAGCUUUAUACACAAAUGCAAAGAAAGUAUCAAGUGCUAUUUUGAAAGCUAUUCAAACAGAAUUAAAUAUGAACUCGUUAGAUUUGAGGACAAGUGUGACAACACCACCACAUGAGAGACAAAUGCUAGAGAAUAUAGUCAGUUUAAUCUUAGAUGCAGUAUCCUCAGAUAUGCUUAAUGAAACUGAACCUGAAGAGAGAGACAGUGAAACUAAUGGAUACAGGCCAAUCUAUGGAAAUUUUCUUCCUGGUGGAGCUGAAUCAGAUUCAUUUCUAGAAGAUGCUACAAACACAGAGAAAGAAUUCACUGGUGAGAGAAUACCACUAAGAGAAGAAACUCAAUCAGAUUCUCUUCAACAGUGGGUUCUAGAAAGAACCUUAAACAAACUUGAAGUGAAGCUCAAAGAACCACAGAAAUCUCCAGUUGUUCCCAUUAUAAGAAAUAUUUUGAAUGAGAUCUUUCAAAAUGCUUUGGUCAGUCAAUUAAAUAUGCUUUCUCUCUCCCACUCCCUUUUAAGCGACAUCCCUCACAAUGUUGGUGAGCCAGUUGCUCAAACAUCUUUUCCAUUUAUAGAUAAAAUGAUGGUGUCUGAAGCAGAUGUAACCAUAGUGGCAGAUGAUGUUGUUACAACUGUAUUUGAUAAACUUUAUACAGCUGCUAAGACAGAGACAAUUGCAAGUGAAAAUAGCUAUAAAACCAUCACCUUCUCAGCAAAUGUUUCUUUCCAUGAACACACCUAUGGAAGAGGAAAACCCUCCAUCACUGCACUGAACAAGAAUCCCUAUACUCUUCAGUCCAGAUUCAAUAUUGACAGACAGGCUAAAGGAAACAUAGUUGAAGAUAUCAUGCAGGCAAUAUUAACAAGUUUAGAAACUUUUGCUACUUCCAAAGUACAGUCUCUUUUUUGUCCCCAAAUCAACUUCACAGUUCCAAUGGCCUUACCUGUUCAACAGGAUAAGAGUACAUUAAGCAAAGCUUUGUCAACCAAAGAUUUGUAUUCUGAGGGUCAGUUUUCCUCUUGCUCAGUGGAUAAUGUUAUGUCACAAAACACUAACUCAUUUUGUCUGGUCUCUUUGGACAAAUUAAAUACAUAUGCAACAGAAGUGGCCAGAAAAAUUUUAAAAGGAAUCAAAAAUGAAUUAGAUAAAGAGAAGGAAACUCCUUUCUUAAUGAAUAAUAUUGUGGUUUCUGAAAGUAUUACAAGUCAAAUUGUUAACACAGUGUUAGAUAUUGUAUCAUCCAAAGGAAAAUGUGACAAGAACAGUUCUGACAAAGAGAUCAGUUCAGAUCAGCAAGAAGGUAUUAUUGAAAAGCUGUUUAAUAAGAUUGAGUAUCGAAAAGUACUUCAGUUUCAAAUGCAAGAUACCAUUGAAAGUGUCUUAUGUGAUAUUUAUGAAAAAACACUCAACCAGAAUAAUCUCUCAUUUUCCACACCCACUUUGAAAUGUAGCAUAGCUGGCAAACAUCCCAGAGCAAAUUCUGACAUUGAGGAUGUAAAUAAAAUUCUUCCAAAGUUUUCAAUUCCUAAAUCUGAUGUUAUUUUGAUAUCCAAUGAUAUAGUAGAUAUUGUACUUCGUAAUCUCAGUUCUGCUGUCAUGCUUAGCGUAAAUGCAAAGGAUCCUACUUCUACUAGAUUGCCUCUGACCUUUUGUAAUACAUUUCCAAAAGCACAGUGUCAACAGUCUCUUCUUAUGGAGUCAGAAAGUGAAAGAAAAACAGAGCAUUUUCCAUCUUCAGAAAUUCUUAAACCAGCUUAUGCUAAUGAUAGCCAGAUAACUAUAGUAGAGAAAGAAGACCUCAAGAAAUUUGUUCCUGAUUCAUGUGAGGAAAGUGCUAAUUUCAUCACUCAAAGUAUUUUUAAUUGGUUAGAAUCAUUUGCCACAGAAAGAAUAGAUUCGUUAAUUAUGCUUGCUUUCCAGCCUAAAAAAAAGUCAUUUGUGAGACCAGAACUGGAAAACUGUAAGCAAGAUGGCAUCAUCUUUCAUGAACCAAGCCAGGUGGAAUCAAAUGUGAAUAUUCUGAAAAUAUCAAAUGAAACUAUUCUCAGCCAAGAGCUCACAGAUUCCACUUUUGCCAGUUACAGAGAAAAACUUGGAUCUGCAAUUCAUCUAUCACAAGCUAGUCUUAAGGAAUAUUCUGACAUCAUUGCCAGUGCCAUUUUGAAUUUUAUUAAAAAUGACUUAGACCUUGAAAUCCAAAAGAUGCAUCCAUAUCCAAACAAUGUCUCAUUCCAAGAAAUUACCAUUGUAAGUGAAAUUGUCAAUGAUAUCUUAAAGAGUUUAUAUAAUAAAAGAUCUGCAAAGGAAAUCAGUUUUUACUCAAAAGACAAUCCUAAUUUAUUUUCACAAUUAACCAUAUCAGAUGAAAUAUCACUGGGACAAAGAGCACAGGAAAAAAACACCAAACAGUCUCUGUCUUUAAAGUAUCCGUUAGAACAAAACCAAAUGGCAUUGGAAAGGGAAAGCCAAAGAACUGUUUUGGAAGAAAUAUUUAUGAGAAAUGAAAAAUCAAAACAGAAAGAAAGAACUGCAUUAUUCAGUGCAGUGGAAGAAGUUAUAAGUAAAGUAUAUAAAAACAUAAUAGAAAUCAUAGGCCAUUUGCCUUCCUUUAAUGAAAUACCCCACUUUAUACCUAACUCUAAAAUAUCGGACAUAACACAAAACAACUUCUGUCAAUCACAUAUCAACAAUGCGGCAAGUGACAUAAUUGAAAAUGUUUUGGGGAAAGUGUACUCUGUAAUCGUGACAUCAUUAUAUGAAAAUAAUGAAGGAGAACCAGCUAACAAAAAUAUUUUACCAAAGAAAUCACCAUGCAUCAAAGAAACUAAAGCAGGAAUAGGAAGUAGUGUCACUAGAUUUGUGCUCCCACAGGUUUAUCCUUAUGCAGACAGUCGAAAUAUCUCUCUAUUGGAAAAUACUUUUUUACGAUAUUCACCAUCACAAGUGGGGAAAGAUCUAGUUCAAGUGGUUCUCAAUAAGAUCACAAAUUUUGCCUCAUUUUAUCUAGAAGGGACUGUGCCCCUUGAAAGUUGUUCUGAUGACUUGCAACCUUUAAGACUACACAGUUCUAAAGUGAGCCCUAAGCCAAGUGUUAAAACAAGUUUAAAAGCAAGAUCAAAAGUUACUCCUUUGCCUAAAUUUAGAACAAAACCACACAUAGGACUUAGUCAUGCUAAGGCCAAGAGCAGGACCAAAUUAAGUCCUGGAGAGAAGACCCCAAAAGACGUUUGGGCCAAGACGGAUAUCAGGCUGCCACACGUCCUAUCAACAGGAGAUGCCAAAAACUUACUGGAAAUGAAACUGCCUACUUCAGAACUAAAAAUGUAUGCCAAGGAUAUAAUAAGUAAUAUCCUGAAAACAACUGUUAAAGAAUUGGAAAAGGUGACACGAACUAGAGCAAUGGCAAACAAUAGAGCUUUACCAUCUGAUCAAAUCAUGGCAGCAAAUAAAAUAGUUAAUACAGUUUUGCAAGGAUUAUAUGUGAUCAAUAACCACAAUUCUGCUAAUCCUAUCAAAUUCUCACAUCUGGAUGAUCCCAAACUUUCACAGGGAAAUAUAGGUGCAAAGUCUCUUGCCAAACCACAAGCCUGUUUUUACUUGGAAAAUGUUUCUUCACAGUUAGAACAGAUUUUUCCUAAAGAAGGUAUAUUUAAAAAAAUGUUUGACAAGUGGCAAGCUGAAUCAAAUGACAUGGAAAAUGAAAAGUGUAAGCUCUUGAUGAUAGCUGAAAAUGGUUUGACUGAAAUUUCAAUAAAAGCAAAAGAAUUAGAAUGUUCUCUUUCGCUUUUAAAUCUGCCACAUCUUGAUGACUGUGAAAACCAGUUUCAUAGUUGUUUUAAGGGAGCUUCUACUAGAGCUGAAGACACCAAAGCACAAAUUAAUAUGUUUGGAAGGGAAAUUGUUGAAAUGCUGUUUGAAAAAUUACAGCUGUGCUUUUUGUCCCAGAUGCCCACCCUAUAUGGUAAAGAAACUCCAGCAAAUAGGAAAGAACACAUUACUACUAAAAGUAAAUAUGGUUUUCCAACCAAGGACAUCCUCAGCAGUGUACCAGUAUAUAACACUAAAACCAAAGACCAAAGUCCUUUGGGCUCUAGCAACCAAAUUGUUCAAGAAAUUGUAGAACGGGUUUUAAACAUGUUAGAGUCAUUUGUGGACUUACAGUUUAAACAUACCUCUAAAUAUCCGUUUUCUGAAAUAGUGAAAAUGCCUGUAGAAAAUCUUUUUCCUGUCCAACAAAGACUAUUAAGCAAAAAGAUGUUGCCAAAGUUACAACCACUGAAAAAAUUUUCUGAUGAAUCCAAGUCAAGUACUAUUGUUUCCAAGGAAAAUGUUCAGAGUACCCUUCUACAGGUUCAUUCAUUCCAUUCAGCAUUACUUACAUAUGCUAUUAAUAUUGUCUGCAACAUGCUUGGUGUAAUUAAGAACAAGCUAGACAAAGAAGUAAGCCAAGUGGAACCAUCUUCUGUCAGCAUAGUGAAAGAGAACACUGCAGCAAGUGAGAUCAUUGGGACACUGAUGGACCAGUGUGCUCAUUUCAGUGAGUCUCUAAUCAAAAACCUUCCCAAGGAAAAUUUGUUUCAAGGAGUAGAAAAUACUUACAUUGUUAACCAGGUUGAAUUAGCAACUAAUAUGAAAAUGCCUAUGUCAAAGUUAAAGGAAGUAAGUUUUGGGAAUAAUCUUCCACAAAGCAGUGCUCCAGGUUUGGGUUUUUAUUCAGAGGAAAAUAUGAAAAAAAGGUAUAAGUCUUCAUCAAAUUUACCCUCAUAUUCCAGAGCAUCUGUAGAAGACACAGUUAGAAACUCAGAGCCAAUGAGAAGGCCUGAUUCAGAGAAUAGACCUUCAUCUUCUAGAAACAAAGUGCAAGACACUAUGCCAAAGGAAUCCGACUUGGGCUAUUUUGAUCAAGCUGUGAAAGGAAAUAGCUCCCUCCCCGAACGGAGUGUCUUAGAAAAACUGCUAAAGAAAGCAAAUGAAUCCACAGAAAAAGCAUUAAAGCAAGUAAUGUCAUUUAUAGAAAUGAGAAAAGGUGAAAAUCCAAGAGUGUUUCAUUACGAGAUCUCCAAACCAGUUGUUGAGCCUAGCCAAAUUCAGACAAGUGUUUCUCCACUCAAGAUUUGUUUAGCUGCAGAAAAUAUUGUCAGUACUGUGCUGUCAAGCUAUGGAUUUCCAAAUCAACCACACAUUAGUGAAAGCACGGAAACAAUGAAACCAUUUUUCAUAUCAAAGCAAAACCCUUUGUCUAUAACAUCUGGAGGACAAAAGAAUGAGAAAAGUCUGCUUAGAAUGUGGGAUAAAAGAAUCAGCUAUAUACUUGAAGAAGAAAACAAAAAAGCUGAGGUCAGAAGGGAAGAUUUUUCUUUAUUGCAAAAAUGGGAAAAUAAGAGUUACCUGAAAAUAAAGCCUCUGAAGGAAGUUGAAGUCAUUGCUUUUGCUGACCAUGAACUGGGUCCAAAUGAAAUUCAUCUGGUAUCAAGACAUGUCACCACAUCUGUGGUCACAUAUUUCAAGAACUUUGAAACUAGAGUUUCCAGUGAGAAAGUGUCUAUUGUUUCCACACUGUCAAGGAAAAAAUAUGAAUCAAAAUCACCUCUAAGAAGCAUAUAUAGUGAUUCUUCACUUUAUCAUUUUUGUGAACAUCUCACUGAGUCUGUCAUUUACCAUUUAAUGUCAAGCAUUUCUGGCAGCACCACAGAUAUUAGAGAAAAAGAGAAAACAUCGGAAAGACAAAAUGCCGCAUUUGACACUAUUAUUUCAAUUGAUUCUCAAGUGUUUAAGAGUAGGUCAAUUUCUGUUGGAGAACUUGCUCUAAGUAUCUCUGAAAUCAUCACUGAAAUCCUGUUAAAUAGUAACAUCAUAAAGACUGACACUGCACAGCAAAUGUUUUCAUUAACAAGAAAGUACAUUUACUGCCCAGGAGUAGGUGCUUCUGACUUUGAUGAUCUCUUUCAGGACCUCUUAAUAGGUGUGAUUCAUGUACUGUCCAAAGAAAUAGGGUUAAACCAUCACCUUGAAAACAGUAGAAGAAACAGACCAUUUCCCAUGCUUAGAAGCAAUAGUGUGCCCAUUUGCAACAGAAGAAAUACCAUGCAAAGACAGAAAGGUUCCAGAGACUGGGGAUUAGCUACUCACCAAAUUGAUCAUAUCAUUCAAAAAAAUAAAUUAAAUUAUUUGGCACAUAAGUUAGAUAGUCUGACUGGUAGCCUAAAAACUCAUGAAUCCAAAGAAAUAGUCAACAGAGUUUUCAGUAUUGUUUUAGAUUUGUUUUUACCAGAUGAACAGCCAGAUGAAGCUAUGGAUUCUGAAAUAAAAGCAAGAACAUUUUUCUCGUCAUCAUAUGAAGGGCAGUGUAAUAACAUACUUGGAAAUAACUUAGGGCUCUCCCCUAAAUCAGUUUUCCUUCUCAAUGUUGUAUGUGAGAAACUAAUCAGAACACUUUUAGAAAAAUGCACAAACUCUGUCUUUCUUGAUAAUUGCCCUCUUUCUGAAGAGGUAUCAGCAGAAGAAUGUCAACUUUUAAAAAUACUUCAAAGUGUAGAUGAAGAAUUUGACUACUGUAAUGGAGAAAUGGACUGUGAACAAUUUCAAGGGGAUUAUAUGUCAGACAUUUUGGAAAAUCUGGCAAAAAUGGAUCAGGAUUUAUUGUCAUCAGACUCUAUGCUUACUGUUAUCUCCCACAGCUUGGUUAAAUCGUUGAUGGAUAAACUAUGUCAUGGUAUACAACUCCCCCAAAGUCCACCUUUUGCAAACAAGCAUUUGAAGUAUGGAACAAGAGAAAUACAAUCUAGUUUUAUAAAAGCAAAAAGGCCAGAAUUAACAAAAUUGGAAAAAGGUAGAGGCUCUUUAGGACCCAUGAAUUAUUAUGUCCAUGCUUUGACAGGACCCCUGAAUAAUCCCAGUGUAGAUAGUUCCAAAAUACAAGCACCAUUUGGCAAGAAGUAUUCAGUAAAUUUUGCUGAUGUGCCACCUCUUAAAAGACAGGGAACAAAGGAUAUGAAUACAAUUGCCAUCCAUAAUAAACAAUAUCCAGGAGAUAUGAAUACAGGUGUUUAUUCAGCCACAUUUUUAGAGGAUAUAAUUUCAGAACUGUUUUUUAAUCUCUCUAUUUCACUGUUGGGCAAAAAUGAAAACAUCUUGGAUGCCCAGCUCCAUGAGAUGAAUACAGUAUUUGUCAACAGUGUAGUGAAUGAGUUUAAUAAGGCAAGGGUCACUGUUUUACGGAAUUCUGAAGAAAGGCUCUGUUUUCCACCAAUCCAUAAAGAAACUGUUAGUAGGAUUGUUGACUCAGUUUAUUAUGGUGUUUUACAGCAAUAUAAAUCAAAAGUGGCCUGUGGUGGUAAUCUGGCAUGUGACAGUACUUCAAUAGCAGAACAAAUAACUAAUAGCAUAUUGUUAGAGAUUUUGGACUACCAACUCCCAACUUGCUUCAGGGAAAAGCUCUUACACAAUUUAUAUUACCCUCUCAAUGCUGAAAUUAUAUUACAGAAACUUCAAAAUAACCUGAGAGAAUUUACUUCCAAACCUAGGUCUUUAACAGACUAUAGCACCAUGUUAUCACAAUCAUUUUUAGAAGAUAUCAUCAGAAGACUUUUAUCUCAACUCAUUCCUCCACCCAAUAAAGAUUCCUCUUUGGAAAAAAGUUAUUUCAUGAGUUCAGAUUUUAAUGAGAUGUCUACCUGUAUAAUAAAUAAGGUUAAAUCAGCCAUUUCAAAACAUAAAAUUUGGUUCACUAUAUAUGAUAAUCAAUAUCUGUGUAAAGGAAAAAGCCUCCAGAAGAUGGUGGAUUCUGUUUAUAGAAAUAUUAUGCAAACAUAUGACUCUCUUAUUUCAAUACAGAAAAGUAUACUCAGCCGAAGCCCGGUUUUGGUUGACCAAAUAGCCGGUUUUAUUAUCCAAGAGAUUAUUGAGAAUCACCUUCAGCCAUUUUUGUGUGGAGAAGGUUUACCUCGUCCAAAGACUCCUUCAGAUGCAAUAUCAAAUAUGGUUAAACAAGUUCUCAAUGAAGUCAUAGAGUUACAUAGACCCCAGACACCAUUAGCUCCAGGUAUUUACCCUGAGACAUUUGUAAGGGAAAUUGUUGCCAGACUUUUGUCAAAAAUUUUCAGUCCAAAGCAUAACACUGAAAUUGAGCUGGAAAACAUGACCCAAAAAAUUGUAAACUCAGUAAAUAAUCAUUUUGAAAAAGCUAAAGUUCACCUUCUAUAUAAUGACAAAGAACAGUCUUACCCCUCUGUGGAUACAGAUAUUGUGGACGAACUGGUCACCUCAGUUUAUAGAAAUGUUUUAAAACAGUGUGGAUUAGAUCCUGAGUUUGAUAAAGAGUCUGAAGACAGCAGUAUUUUUAUGGAAAAAAUUACCAACUUAGUUGUAGCAGCUAUUUCAGAUUACCUUCUUCAUCCACUGUUUUCUGGGAAUUUGUCAUCUUCAUAUUCUCCAACAACUGACAAUGUUGUUCAAGACAUUCUUAGGAACAUCAGUGGAUCAACCAAGCCAAGUCAGAGUUUAUCUCCAUAUAACACCUUGCUGCCAUACACAUUUUUAGAAGACAUAAUCAGAGUACUAUUAUCUAGAAUUUUUCCCUCUGCACAUAGCAUUGUUGCAAACAGAGAAACUCCAAAAGAUAGGUCAAAAGCUAAUUUCAAUGAAAUUGCUUCAGAUAUAAUCAGUGAUAUUCGAAGGAAAAUUUCCCAACAUGAAAUUCGAUUCUCAAAAGAUGAAGAAGAAACCAAGUUUCUUUAUUCAGAAGAUGAUAUCCGUCAUCUUGUGGACUCAGUAUUCAAAAAUAUUUUAAACUCUGAGUCUCAAGAAUCAGUUGAACCAAGUAUCAUAAGUAGUAAUGAUGUUCUUAUUGACAGGAUAGCAGGUUUUAUCAUUAAAUAUGUCUGUCAACAACAUCUUCAGCCAUUUGUGGAUGGAAAGUCAUUACCUUCUUCAUCAUACAUGUAUUUGGGCGAUGAGAGAAGGCAGUGGUUUUAUGCCAGUGUGUAUACCUCAGCUUUUUUGGAAGAUGUGAUUUCUGGGGUUUUAAGCAAAAUAUUCCACAGGGGGUUAGGCAUUGUACAAACAAAAUCCAUAAGAGAUUCAGAAGAUGAACUAUUUGAUAAAGUUGAAAAACUCAUACAUUUCAUAACAGAGGAAUUCUCAAAAGCUAAAGUUAGCAUUUUAGAGAAUGCAGAGAAAAAUUUGUGUUUGCCUCCAGUAGAGAGAGAUAUAGUCAAAAACAUUAUUGACACAGUGUACAGCAAAGUUGUACAAGAAUAUGAAAUGGAAAUAAUGCCUGAUAAAAAUUUUCUAAGUGACACAAAGACACUGGCUGCAAAGAUAACUAAAAUCAUCCUGUCAGAAACCUCUGAUUUCCAAAUUCAUCCGAAUCUUAGAGAAAAGCUUCCAUUUGGGUCACAAGCCAAACUUAGUACUGAUAUUUUGAUAAGGAAAGUUCACCAUGACAUUACUAAAUCAAGAUCCCAAAGACAGGCUUCAACAAUAUAUACUACUAUGUUAUCACAUACUCAUUUGGAAAAAAUUGUGUCUCAGCUUAUAUCUCAGAUGAGUCCAUUUGCCUCCAGUACAGAACACCCAGAUACUUCUCAAUCAGACUUAAGUAAUCCAGUCAUAAAACUGAUAAAUGAAAUCAUGUCAAUAAUUUCAAAACAUGCAGUAUGUAUUAUUAAACAUGGGAAUGAAAAACAUAGUAUGAUUUCAGAAAAAGAUAUCCAAUCCAUGGUUGAUUCCAUUUAUUCUGCUCUUUCCUAUUCAAGUAUAUACCAAUCUCUUACAAAAGAUAAAAAAGAUAUACGUAAUAUACCUGUUUCAAAAAUAGCAAGUUUUAUAAUAAAAGAAAUCUUUAACCAUCAUCUUCAGUCAUUUUUAUCUGGAGAUAAAACUCUCCUUUCAGCUGCAGUUGAUCAGACUUAUAAACAGAAAGUAUUAGAUCCUAAAGAAGAAGAGUCGUCCUUCAUCAUGAACUCAGCUAUCUUUUUGGAAGAAGUAAUUUCUGAACUUUUAUGUAAACUCCUUUAUGCAUUCUCACACAAUGUCUUGGCUGCUGAAAACCCAGAUACAGUAAAUGCCAAAGUUACUGGCAUUGUUACAACAUUAGUAAAAUCAAUUGUUCUGGAGUUCACCACAUCAGAGAUUUUUCUUGCAGAUAGCUUUGAUGCUGAUAUGUGUUUUUCAGAAGAAUAUAAAGAAAUGGUUCAAAGAACAGUGAACCUUACUUAUAAAAAAAUAUUAGAUGAAUAUAAAUCUCUGAUUCAAAUAUAUAGGGCUAUGCAAAGUGACACUGCUUGUUUUGGAAGAAAAAUAUAUAAUUUCCUUUUGGAAGAAAUUUAUGACUGCCAGGUAAAGUCAUUAGUUUCAGGAGAAUCAAUAUCUUCUUCCUAUUCUUCUCCUCAAGCUGAUAAAAUCAUCAGAAAUGUACUCAAUGUCAUCAUGAGAGAUAGCCAUGCCUUACCAUCAUGUAUUACUGUGUUGCCACGUUCUCUUUUAGAAGAUAUGAUUUACAAGCUUCUAGUGCAUAUCUUCCCUUUGACUGACACUGAAAGUGAACUAAAAGAGGAAGAGGUUUCAGAUUAUGAGUUCAUGGAUGCAGCAUCAAAACUAACUGAUGAAAUCAUCAGAGAAAUUUCUGAACAUGAGAUCCGUCUUGCUACGGCAGAGGAGAAUGCAGGAAGUGUGCAAUUAGAAGUGAUUGAAGAUUUGAUUAACUCUAUAUGUAAUAAUAUUUUGAAAAAAUCUGAAUUUCAAGCUGAGGUCCAGAAAGAUGCAGACAAAAGUGGAGGCUCAUUCCUCAGUAAAAUAGCUGGUUUCAUUAUGAAGGAAAUCAUGGAUCAUCAUCUGCAGCCAUUUUUACAUGGUGAAGAAUCAUCUUCCAAUAGCUUAUCUAAUUAUGACCAUGUCUCUGUACAUACUAUACCUGGUAAGAAAAAGACACAGCCUUCUCUAUAUUCAGCUACAUUUUUGGAAGAUGUAAUUGUUGACCUUGUUCGCAAAUUUUAUUCUCUUCCAAGUAUUACUGAAGAGAUUAAGAAGAAAGAAAAACCAGAGCCAGAUGUUGUGAGCUUGGCUAUAAAAUUUGCAAACUCUCUGACAGGAGAAUUUAGGAAAAGUGAAAUUAAAGUUCUGCCAAAUGCUGAAGAAAUGUUUUCUUUUCCACCAGUUGAUAAAGAGACAGUUGAUAAGAUAUCCGAUUUUGUGUAUGAUCAAUUCAUAGGAACGUAUGGAUCUAAUGAUAUUCAGAAGAAUGGUAAAAAUAACAUUGUUAUAGAAAUGAUUGCUACUUUAGCCCAGAAGGCAAUCUCUGCUUUCAAGAUUCAACCACUUUUUUCAGGAGACUGGUCUACUUUCUUUUCAUUUCUAAAUGCAGAUAACAUCACUCAAAGGGUUAAACACCUUCCACAGCAAACUUCUACACAGAUAAACAGAUGCUUAAAAGAGAAUCAACUUACUUUACCAGAACAGUCAUGUAAACACGGGUCUCUAACUUCAGACCAGAAAAAUGUGUUGGAUACUUUGGAAGUAGAUAAAGGUGCAAUGAGCAAAAAGAAAAGUUUCGAAACUAAGGAGACAUCAGUGAAAACAGGUGAUAUCCAAGAUCCAGUCCUUACCUCUGUAACUAGUAUUAUGAAAAGCAACAUAGUUAACCUGUUAGGGCCAGCUGCAGGUGUGGCAAAUAAAGAGAAUAAAAACAAAAUGGGAAUUCCAAUUCAAAAAUACAAUGUAUCAAAAGUUACUUGUCCAACUACUAGUGUGAAAACUAAAGAUAAAGGGAAGCCAUAUUUGAAGGGAACACUUGAAAAUAAUGAAACUGACAAGAAAAGAAUAUUAGCUUCAGAUAAGGAGGGGCAAGGUAAGGUGGUACACACACAACUUCUAGUAGCUACUGAUGGUGAAAGGGAAAUCUUUCAACUAGAUUUUAAAACAGACAAUGAGAAGAAGGUUGACAAAACAGAAAGUUCAUUAAAAACAGAAGACAACCCCCUUCAGUCAUCUUCUUUGAUAGCCAAAGUGAGAAAUACAGAGAACACAAUAGAGAAACCUUCAGAAGCAGUUACCCGGAAGCCAAACGAUGAGGAGAAGAAAGACUCUUCAGCUCAAAUAGACACAAAGGAAGGACAGUACUCAGAUUAUGAAUUAGUCCAAAGUGUCACUGAAAAUAUUUAUGACAAUAUCUUCAGAAUGUACCAUUCUCAAGAAUCAGCAGAUUAUUUAAAACAACAAAGUCUUCCAAGUCAUUCAGCAUCACCUAUAACUCAAGCAUUGCCUGUAACUCAAGAGGUUGGCAAGGAUUUUGCACAGUCUGUUUUAACAAAGAAUUUAUCCCUGUCAGCCAACAAAAAUCUCCCUGCCAAAGAGAAAGAAGAAAAAGAGAAUGCAAGCAAAAUAGAAAAAGAGAGGGAGAAGGAGAGAGGGGGGAAAAGAGAAAAUGACAGAGUGAAAGUUAAGGAUAUUAAAAAGGAACCUAGUAAACCAGACAGUCCUCAGUACCCACCAAAAUGUGAACCUGGAGUUUUCCCUGCUAAAUUUUUAGAAGAUGUUAUUACUGAAAUGGUUAGCAAAUUGGUCUUUUCUUCCUCAACAGAAACACAAACAUAUGAUAGAUGUCAAAAUGUAUGUGAUGAUGAAAAUCAAACUGAACUCUAUGACACAGCUAUGAGACUUAUUGAUUCCCUGUUAAAGGAGUUUUCUGAUGCUCAAAUUAAGGUAUUUAGGCCAGAUAAAGAAUAUCAGUUUUUUCCAUCUGCAGAUAAAGUGUCAUCAGUUCCUAAGGAAUAUCCCAGGCAUAAAGAAUCAAAUACAGAUGAAGCACCAUGCACUGUUAAGAGAAUAACUGUGGAUAAGAGUCACACAAUGACUGAAAAACCCUCUUCAAAUAAGAUACUUUUUUUAGAUAAAAUGUCAUCAAUUGAUAAAACAUUGGUCAACAAAGUUGUCCAUGCCUCUGUGUGCAAUAUUUUGAAGGAAUAUAAAUCUCAAGAUUCCAUCUGUAAGAAUAUAAAGAGUAAUGGGGGAAAUUUAGCAAGAAGACUAACAAGUGCAAUGAUAAAUGAAAUUUUUCAACAUAAGCUUAAUUUGAUAUUGUGUGAUGAGUUUCCAGCUUUGUCAUGUUUGCCUCUGGAAACUAAGGAUGUUGUUAAAAAGGUCCAAAAAGUGGCUCAAACAGCCAGCAAAGAAUGUCAGACAUCAUCACCAUAUACCAUCAUGCUGCCUCAUGAAUUUUUAGAGAAUGUGAUUUCUACUCUUUUAUCUAAAAUUUUCUCAACAGUAUCAAACACCAAAGCAGAAACAUUUGAGGGCAGCUGGUUUACAGAACUGGAUUUCCUUCAAAUGAAGUUAUUAAGUACAGUUACAACAGAGAUCUCCAAAGAUGAAGAUAUGAUUAUACAGUAUGUGGAAUCCUUACAUCCCAAUGAUGAUGAAAUUAUUCAAUUAGUGGUUCAUGGACUCUAUGAUAAUCUCUUGUCACAAUUUGGGUCACAAGAGAGUAUACAAAAUUGUGCAGCCAGUGGAUGUAGAAUUCUUUCAGAAACCAUAGUUGACUUAAUUCGACGAGAAGUGACUGGCAAUCAGUUGCAGAACUACUUUUCUGGAGAGCUAACACCGUAUCAGUGUGCAGAAAUUGACAGUGUUGUUGAAAAUAUUCUUAAAGAUGUGAUCCAAACAGCUGAUAUUCCCCAGCCUCAUCCAUCGCAGGCGCGUAUACUGCCUUAUAACAUAAUAGAAGAAAUUGCUGUAAAAUUUUUAUCGAAGCUUCUAUCUGUGUUUCCAAAGGUCGAUAAGGAAAGACCCAAAUCCCUAGAAACUGAAAUGCAAAAAGUAACAUCAAAGAUAUUAAAUUCAAUACAAGAAAUUAUCUCCAAAAAUAAGAUUAAAGUUGUAUCACUGGCAAAGGAAAUACCUACUGCACCUUUAGCUGAUAAUGAAGCUAUUGAAAAAGUAGUUAAUUCUGUUUAUACCAGCAUUUUAAAACACUCUGGCUCACUCACUUCUAUAUUUAAAGAUUUAAUGGGUAAGAGUAAUGUCCUCUCUGAUGUAAUAGGGUUUUUAAUGGUGAAAGAAAUUUCCAAAUCUAAAUUUCAACCUCAAGUGCAGGAAGAAUUAUCAGAUCCAGAAUUAGCUCUGGAAGCUGUUAAAAUUAUGGAAAAAGUAGUCAAAAUGGUUGAUGAAUUUAAGUCCCAGGAAAAGUCUUCAUCCAAAAAAGGUUCUAUGUUAGAUGCCAUAUUUUUAGAGGAAGCACUGGCCUUGUUCUUGGCUAAAAUAAUAAGGUUGCCAAGUGGCUCAAGCCAACAUACAAAAAACUUGUCAAAGCCUGAAUUAAAUAAAAUUGCAUCUCAACUGACAAAAUCUGUGACAGCUGAAAUUUCAAAAAGUAAUAUUAAUCUUGUUGCUGCUGAUUCUGAAGAACACUUUCUAAAUCCAGAAAGUAUAGAAAUGGUUUCUCAGGUUAUUGAUUCUAUUUAUAGUAAUGUACUACAACAAUCUGGAACGCAAAAGGAUCUUUAUCAUGAUAUAAAAAGUACAAACAGAGUUUUCCCUAAAAAAGUGGCUAAUUUAAUUAUUAAUGAAGUUUCAAAUUUUCCCUUUGAUUCAGUUAGUCCAAAGAAUUCAAAUGCUGGUUUCUUUGGAGAUCUAGACAUUAACAGAAUUGUUCAAAAGGCACAAGAGCAUGCUGUUAACAUGAUUCCUGACUUAGAUAAAGAAUUAACUAAAUAUUCAAUUGUAGAGGACUCUACAAUUAAAAUAGUUCCACAUGUUGGGAAUAAACCCCUCAAAAUAGAUCCAAACAUUAUCUCAGAACACUUAGCAGUAAUUUCUAUAAAAACUCAACCCCUUGAGAAACUUCAGACGGAAUGUUUAAAGAAUACCGGACAUAGCAUAGCAGAACUGAGAAGAGCAUCAGUAAGUGGAAGAAGUUAUCCUUCAAGCACAUUUACUGUAAGAGAGUUGAAGAGAGAGAGAAGGACCUCAUUGACUCAGACAGGACGACUAGAUAUAAAACCCUUUGAGGCUGUUUGCAGAAAUUCAUUUCAGAAUAUAAGAAAGCCUGAUAUCACCAAAGUGGAGCUUUUAAAAGAUGUUCAGAGCAAAAAAGAACUUAUCCUUCGGUUAGUAGCUCAUGAUAUUGAACAAGAAGUCUCAGAAAGUACCAUAGAAGAGGAACUAACUUCAUCUGAUGAAGAUGAAGUUGUUUUAAGAGAGAUUGUACAAGAACACUCAGGAGAAAAUACUGAAGAUCAAGUGAAAGAUUCCACAAAGCCAGUAGAAAGCAAAGCUGUUUCUCCCAAGCCAACACAAAGCACAAGCAGUCUGAAAAAGUUUUUUUCACUAAGUAAAUGUUGUCAGCCCAGCGCAAAUGUGGAAAAUACUGGAGCAAUGUCAAAUCAUGUCAUAGAACCUAAGAAGGAACAAAUUAAAAGAACUGUUGCUGAACUUGACAUGCCUCCCUGCUCAGGAACCUUCACUGAAACAAAUUCUACUUGGGAGGAAAAGUCACAGAGUAAGAAAGAAGAAAAAAUUCUUAUUACUGAGCCGACACAUUACUUCAUACACAGAAUUAUGAGUUCAUCUUCAUACAACCAAGAAGAUCUGAUUUCAUAUGCCAGUGAAACUGAAGAUUAUACUGCAGAGAGAACUAAAAUAUUGGAAGCAAGUUCUCAGGAACAAAUGCCAGAAAAUUCAAAUAGUGUUAAGUUUAUCACCAUUUUUGAAGGAAACAAGAAUAUUCUUCACAGUGUGAAUCCCUCAAAAGAAGGCAUUUCAGAAACUUCCAGGUCUGAUGUCCCCAAACAAGGAUCUAAAAUGCUGGCAAAGGUAUCUUCAGCUCUGUCAAAGGUGUUUUCUCGAAAUAUUAACACCAAUAUUUCCAAAUCUUCCUCACUACCACACCAGAAUGAGCACUGA